GACAUCAUGUAGAUGGUUGCGUCUUCUUUAAUCUUUCUGAAUUUGUUAAGCAAAAGCAAACACAUCAUGUAAUUGGUUGCGUCGUUUUUAAUCUUUCUGAAUUUGUGAAGAUGGAGUCAAGAGAAGAAAGGAAUAACUACUACAUUCAGAAAAUACUUUCAGAUGUUGUUACAAAGAAACUUGUUGAUUUAUUUAUCCAAGAGUGGAACACUCAUUACAAAAAAUUCCAUGGAGAAUGGGAUAAUACAAACGUUAGUGGUCAGAAGUUGUUCAAUAUUGAAACAACAAAAAAGAAACGUCAUGACAAACAUAUUGAAACAAAAUUUCAAGAUGGUGACACCAGUAAGUGGGAUUGUACAACACUAUUUGCAGCAAUACUGUAUUCCAACUCAAUUGGAACAAAACUUGGAGCAACAACUAGAUCUGCAAUCGAUGCACUUCGUAUUGUAAGAAACAAAUUUACCCAUAAUAAUCCGGGAAGGGUAUCUGAUGCCGAAUUUGACAAAAUGCUUUGUGAUAUUGAACUUUCAUUUAAAGAUCUAGCAUUUUCAUUCACUGAAAUUAAUGAAAUUAAACGUCAACGAAACAGAUUUAAUUCUUUUCAAGUACUUCCUUGCAAAUCAAAUCACGAUGUGGUUAAACGUACAGAGUUACUUAAUCAAAUCACAGCUGAUCUCAACAAAUUGCGCAGUACUAACAAUAAUGAACUAACAUAUUACUAUAUUUCUGGUAAUCCUGGCAGUGGUAAAUCUCAAUUAGCCAGACAAAUUUGUGAAGAAAUGUACAAUUCGUUUGACUGGGAAAAGAAUACGACAUUUGUGAUGACACUCGAAGGAAAAGAUAUCGACUCUCUUUUGAAAACUUAUGCUGAACUUUAUCAACGAUUAAGCAAUGAUAAAACUGUCAUUGAAAAUAUUCGGAAAGAAGCAAAAAGUAGCGAAGACAAAAUCAAAGAUUUUCAAUUAUUGCUGACACAACAACUGAAAUCUUGGCAAACAUGGUGGAUUGUUGUAGAUAACGUGGUUGAACUUCAUAAAAUUUAUCCAUUGUUACCUCAAGUUGGUGAUCAUAAUUGGAAAAAUGGACAAAUUAUAGUAACUGUCCAAAAUACAGAUGCUAUACCACCAGAUGGAAGUCUAAAUAAACACAUUUCAGUUAGUCAUGGUAUGAACAAUAAAGAAUGUCAAAAACUUCUAUCUUUCUUUUCUGAUAUUCGAAAUCAUGAUGAAAAAUGUUUAAAGGAUUUAUCAGACAAAUUUGAUCGUCAACCAUUGUUCCUGGCAAAUGCUGCUUCCUACGUAGGUAGUGUAAAAAGUGUAAAUCCAAACUUCACCUGGGAGCAAUAUUUUGGUAAAUUGAAUGAAGGAGAGCGACAGAACAUGGAUGGCAAUUUUCAAAAAAUAAACUCAGCUUACUUAGGAAUGAAAGCUGUUAUGUUAGCAGUACAGAAAAAUGGUGAAGAAUCCAUCUUAUUGGAAAAUGUUUUUAAACUUUUCUCAAUAAUAUCUUUCGAUCCCUUACCACAAGAUGUUAUAAUACAAUUUAUUAAAAGCAUUGACCAACAAAAAUCUGCAGAAGAUGUCUGUCUUCAAUUAAAGCAAUGUUCUUUAUUCCUUCAAACGGAAAACAACGACAUCCGCCUGCACAGCGUUGUACACGAAGCCAUCAUAAAUUAUUCAUCGCAGACCUUUGGCUGUAAACAAAGCAAAAUUAAUUUUAAAAAGUCUUCAGUUGAUCUUGCCUGUCAAGUUGCUUGUGCACUAAAUCAUUUUAAAGACAGAGAAGAUGAAAUCAAAAUAAUUCCACAUCUAAUUAAAUUCAUAACAAAUUCAUCAUUUCAACAUUUCCUAAAAAAGUUGAUCGAUGUAAAAUCAGUCUUUUUUUUCAUAAGAGAACGAAAACUUCAUGAAAGAAAUUGGAAAUUUGCCAAAUAUUUUGUAGAUGUUUUGGAGAGAUUUUGCAGCUACAAACUUGCAACUAAAGUACUUUAUGAAAUAACAGAAAUUCAAACUAAAGUGUUAGGUGUUGAUCAUAUUGAUGUGUCAUAUUCGUACAACAAGCUGGGUGUAUUGCUUUGCAAGAAUGGAGAUUAUGAAAAUGCUAAAGAUUUUCAUGAACGAGCAAUGGGAAUUCAAGCUAAAACAUUUGGACCUGACCAUGUUAAUAUUGCGACAACGUACAACAAUCUGGGUUUGGUUUACUAUAAUAUGGGAGAGUACGAAAAAGCAAAAGCUUUUUAUGAACGAGCGAUAAAAAUUGAACCAAGACCGUUUGGACCUGACCAUGUUCAUAUUGCGACAACUUACAACGAUCUGGGUUCGGUUUACAGUAAAAUGGGAGAGUACGAAAAAGCAAACGAUUUUGCUGAACGAGCGAUAGAAAUUGAAACAAAAACAUUUGAACCAGACCAUGUCAAUAUUGCGAUAAGGUACGACAAUCUGGGUUCAGCUUACAAUAAUAUGGGGGAGUACGAAAAAGCAAAAGAUUUUUAUGAAAAAGCGAUAAAAAUUCAAACAAAAACAUUUGGACCUGACCAUGUUAAUAUUGCUACAACGUACAACAAUCUGGGUUCAGUUUACAGUAACAUGAGAGAGUACGAAAAAGCAAAAGAUUUUCAUGAACGAGCGAUAGAAAUUGAAACAAAAGCAUUUGGACCUGAGCAUGUUAAUAUUGCGAUAAGGUACAACAAUCUAGGUUCGGUUUACGAUAAGAUGGGA